GCUGCUGCGGCCGGCGAAUCGGGGCCGGGCAGGCGACAGCAGCGAUGGCGGAGCGCGUGCAGCAGCCGACGCUGGGCCCCGAGGGGAGCCAGGAGCGACGCCGACGGCGCUGGAGAAGCCGGACCUCCCGGAGCAACAAGCGGCGCCCCCGGGCAAGAGCAAGGCCGAGCUGCGAGCCGAGCGCCGGGCCAAGCAGGAGGCCGACCGGGCCCUCAAGCAGGCCCGGAAGGGCGAGCAGGGCCCGCCGGCGCCGGCCUCCGCCAAGCCCCGGCCGCUGCCCAGCGACGCCCCGCCAGGUACGGCUCUGCGGGUGGCGGCGGCAGGACGAGGGACCCUGCCGGCCCCGAGCGCCCUCCCUGCCUCCCUCCCGCCUUCCUUCGUCUCCUCUCCUUCCAGCGGCGAAGCGGAUCCCGGAGCACGUUCAAGUGGGCGACCCGGCGGCGCUGAAGAAGCUGGCCAAGACGCUGGAGCGCCAGCAGGUGCCCCUGAGGCCAGAGUUCGGGGCCAAGGUCAGCCUCUUCUCUCACCUGCACCAAUACAGCCGCAAGGAGUUGCUGACCCAGCAGAUGAGCAUUCCCGUGACUGCCAUCCACCCUGCAGUGGUGCGUCUUGGCCUGCAGUACUCCCAAGGGAUGGUCAAUGGCUCCAAUGCCCGCUGCCUUUCCCUCUUGCACGUCUUCAGACAGGUGAUUGGAGACUACACCACCCCAGCCAAUGAGGAGCUCUCGCGGGACCUGGUGAACAAGCUCAAGCCCUACAUCAGCUUCCUCACCCAGUGCCGGCCCCUCUCCGCCAGCAUGGGCAACGCCAUCAAGUUCCUCAAGAAGGAGAUCGCUGCCUCGCCAGGCUCCAUGAGAGAGGAGGAGGCCAAGGGCUGCCUGCAGGAGGCCAUUGACAAGUACAUCCGGGAGAAGAUUGUCCUGGCUGCUGCAGCCAUUUCCAAGUCGGCCUUUGAGAAGAUCCACGAUGGGGACGUCGUCCUGGUCUACGGAGGCUCCUCCCUGGUCAGCCGCACGCUGCGGGACGCCCACGAGAAGGGCCGUGCCUUCCGGGUGGUGGUGGUGGACAGCCGGCCGCGGCUGGAGGGCCGGGAGACGCUGCGUCGCCUGGUGAAGCAGGGCGUCCGCUGCAGCUACGUCCUCAUCAACGCCAUCUCCUACGUGCUGCCCGAGGUCUCCAAAGUGCUGCUGGGAGCUCACGCGCUCUUGGCGAAUGGCUCUGUGAUGUCCCGAAUGGGCACCUCCCAAAUCGCCCUGCUCUCCAAGGCCCACAACGUCCCCGUCCUGGUCUGCUGCGAGACCUACAAGUUCUGUGAGCGGGUCCAGACAGACUCCUUUGUCUCCAACGAGCUGGAUGACCCCAACGACCUGCUUGGACCGCAUCGUCCUGGGGGGAGCCCACUGGCCGGCUGGCAGGAGAGCCACUCCCUGCGCCUGCUCAAUCUGGUCUACGACGUGACCCCGCUGGAGCUGGUGGAUCUGGUGAUCACAGACCUGGGGAUGAUCCCCUGCACCUCCGUCCCGGUGGUGCUGCGUGUCAAGAACGUGGAGCAGUGAGGGCAGGGCAGGGAAUAAACCUGUGUGUGCCCCA